CGAGCACGAUGGGCGUGGCUGGGACGGUGCUUGCCACGUGAUGGCGGCGAUCGCAGCAAGCAGCGCCAAGCGGAGCCUCCGGACGGAGCUGAAGCAGCGUUUGCGGGCCUUGAGCGCGGAGGAACGGCUGCGCCAGUCUCACCUCCUCACCCAGAAGGUGAUUGCCCACAGUCAGUAUCAAAAUUCCAAAAGAAUUUCCAUCUUUUUGAGCAUGCAAGAUGAAAUUGAGACAGAAGAGAUAAUCAAGGACAUUUUCAAACAAGGCAAAAUCUGCUUCAUCCCUCGGUACCGAUUCCAGAGCAAUCACAUGGACAUGGUGAGAUUAGCAUCACCUGAAGAGAUCUCUUUACUUCCAAAAACAUCCUGGAACAUUCAUCAGCCUAGUGAAGGAGAUGUUCGGGAGGAGGCCUUAUCCACUGGGGGACUUGACCUCAUCUUCAUGCCAGGCCUCGGGUUUGACAAAGAUGGCAACCGGCUGGGGCGGGGCAAGGGCUACUAUGACACCUACCUGAAGCGCUGUCUGCAGCACCAGAAAGUGAAGCCGUACACCUUGGCUUUGGCGUUCAAGGAACAGAUCUGUCCCCAGGUCCCAGUGGAUGAGCAUGACAUGAAGGUAGAUGAAGUCCUUUAUGAAGACGCCCCAGCCUCUUAAGUCAUCCCGUGACAGCCACACUCACUGGUUUGUACCAGUGUGUAGAAAGUGUGUGUAUUUUCUCCUUGUCAAAAAUGAGUCAAAAUGGCACAUUAAAGUGAAUAUGGAUUGUG